CCAGUCCCAUCCCAUGACCCAUGGGCAUGGACUGACCUCGCGCGACUGGGGCCGAGGUGACCGCGCGCAUCAGCUCAGCAUCAGCUCCCAGCCGCUGACUUGACGCGCGACUGCAUGCAUCUCAUCGCCCUCCUCGUCCUAUCGUCUCUCCCCUCCGGUCCGGCUCCGGCGUCCGCCCUGCCCCCUGGUCAAUGCUCACCAACACUAGUGCGGCCUAUAAAGGUGGACUCAGAUCGUCGAGCCCAGGGCCAGGCCUCGCCUCGCCACGCACUUGUUUCCCCCCGCCCUGCCCUCCCCGGACGGCCGGACCUCUCCUCCGAUCUCCCUCCGCGCGCCCGCCGUCGCCGUCACGUCAUCAUGGACUCCUCCUACCUGGGAAAGCGCAAGCUGGACGGCGGCGAGAGGGAGCCGCCCGCGGCUGCGUUCCUCCCGGCCGUCGCGCUCGGGUACGAGUACGAGUACGGCGACGCGGAGGCGGUGGACCACCGGCCCUGUCGCGCGGCGGCGGGCGAGAUGGACUUCUUCAAGAAGGAGGAGAAGAGGGAGAGGAAGGCUGCCGCCGCCCUGGUGCCGUCGGACGACCUUGGCAUCAAGGAAGAUGAAGUCACAAUCAACAUGGGUCUGCACCACGUCGACAGGAGGAAGAGCAGUAGCGAGGAGUCCAUCGUCAUCGACGACGGCGUAUCCUCCAACGAUGUCGAUCACAGGGAGGCCAAAGCUGAGCUGGCACUAGCAAAAUCCGAGCUUGGACGCCUGAACAACGAGAACAAGCAGCUCAACGAAGAGAACAAGCAGCUCAACGAAGAGAACAAGCAGCUGAGGAGUAUGCUCAGCAGGCUGACCACCAGCUUCAACCCCAUCCAGAAGCCGUCGAUGCAGAUGCAGUUACUCUCACUGAUGCAGCAGCAAGCGACCCGUACCCAUCGAGGCCUUCGUGGAGCUCCAGGCCAUGAGCCGAUGUACGCCGAUCCGGAGAAGAAGGACGACCAGAAGGCGAGCCGCGGUGGCGCCCACACGCUCCCGCAGCAGUUCAUCAGCGUCGGCACCGCGCCCGACGACCUCCUGCGCUCCGUGGGCUCGCACGCACUGCGCGGCGACGACUGCUCGGCGUCGACCAGCAACGCGGAGCCGCCUCCACCGCCCAUGGACUACUGCUCUGCUGGCUAUGGCAAAGGGCUCAUGGCCAGUGGUAAGGACAUGAUGCCGCUGCCGGCGUUCGAGCUCGGCAACCAGCAGCACCUCGCUCACGAGAGGGGCAGCAGCCCGGAUGAGCCGCCGCCGCACCACUUGGCGGCGCAGCAGGGCUGGCUCUCCAACAAGGCACCCAAGUUCCUCCCCGGCAAGGGCCUCGAGCCUGUCGUCCCCGAGGCCGCCACCAUGCGCAAGGCCCGCGUCUCCGUCCGAACCCGCUCCGAGGCAGCCAUGAUCAGUGACGGGUGCCAAUGGAGGAAGUACGGGCAGAAGAUGGCCAAGGGCAACCCGUACCCCCGCGCGUACUACCGCUGCACCAUGGCCGCCGCCUGCCCGGUCCGCAAGCAGGUCCAGAGAUGCGCCGAGGACACGACGGUGGUGGUCACGACGUACGAGGGGAACCACAACCACCCGCUGCCGCCGGCGGCGAUGCCGAUGGCGUCGACGACGGCGGCGGCGGCGGCCAUGCUGCUGUCCGGGCCGAUGCCGAGCGCGGACGGAGGCAGCCUGAUGGCGGGGUCCAACUUCCUGGCGCGCGCAGUGCUGCCGUGCUCCUCCAACGUCGCCACCAUCUCGGCGUCGGCGCCAUUCCCCACUGUGACGCUGGACCUCACGCAGCCGCAGCCGCCGCCUGCGGCACGGACGAUGGGAACGGAGCCCUCACUGCAGCCCCAGGCCGCGCUCACCGACGAUGCGGGCCGGCCGGUUUCGCUGGCGACGCAGCUGUUCGGGCAGAAGGUGUUCGGCCCCUCCUCCAAUACCCCCGCCGCCGCGCAGCCGCAGCCGCAGGCGGACGCGGCGGGCGACACCGUCAGUGCGGCGGCCGUGAUCGCGUCCGACCCGAACUUCCCCGCGGUGCUCGCUGCGGCUAUCAAGUCGUACAUAGGCGGCAGCGGCGGUGCCGGCGUGAUCAGCGGGACGAUCGUGCUGCCGCCUGCGCCGUCGAGCAGCGCCGGCGAUAGCACCAGAGAGGACAGGGUGGGCGAGCAGGGGAGAUGACGUGAUCGCCUUUCACCUAGCGAUACGAUCGUUUGUUUGCUUGCUUGCUUUUCCUCGAUUCCAAUUUUGAUAGUUAAUUUGCUUCUGUUGGGUUUUUGUCUCUUGCGUAGGAUACGAAAAUUUUGCCUACUUUUCCCUCCAGAAUCCAAUCUCCUCAGCUCGAGGUAGGAUACGAAAACUUUGCUGUAAAUUUUGUUUUCCUAGAAUUUUUAUUUACAGUUUUCCAUAGAAGAAAAAGUAGGUGCUGCCAGGCAGUAACAAUUUUGUUCUUUCGGUGCAAGCAGCGUUAUUUCUUUGAAUGAACCAAUGCAAUGAGGUAGAG